AACAACUGAACCCAUCUAAAAAGUAAAAAGUCACGUAGCAGAACCACUCAAGCUUCCUAAGGUUUUGGUCCGUGGUGGACCGGAUCCAUCUGAGAAUUCCACAGAAACACCAUGUACUGCCUCAUAUACUUCAGUCACAGCUCACUCUCUCAUCUUCCAAUUUCUACUCAAAAUGUGAAGAAACCCUCAUCAUCGUCGUCUUUUACUCCAUUAACACCAUAAACACGCCCCAAUAACACACGCUUCAGUCUCAGUUCUUAGCCAUGGCUAUACGGAAAAUUCUGUCCUCCCUCAUCCGCCUUCCGACACGUCAUUCUUAUUCUCUGCAGCCCAAAUUCUACAAUCCUCCACCAGCUGGUCACAUUCUCCACCGUGUGGCCAACUAUGCCGCCUCCUCAGCAGCCGCUACGAAAGCCCCGACUCAGCCGCCUGGAAAGGGAAUAGGGAAGAUCACGGAAAAUUUCACCGGCGCCGGAGCAGUUGGUCAGGUUUGCCAGGUCAUCGGGGCUGUGGUGGAUGUUCGGUUCGAAGAUGGGUUGCCGCCGAUAAUGACGGCGUUGGAGGUGAAGGACCACUCGAUGAGAUUGGUACUGGAGGUGGCGCAGCAUUUGGGAGAGAACACUGUACGGACGAUUGCAAUGGAUGGUACGGAAGGGCUUGUUCGUGGCCAAAGCGUCCUUAAUACUGGCUCUCCUAUCACUGUUCCUGUGGGCAGGGCUACUCUUGGCCGUAUUGUGAAUGUCAUUGGGGAGCCUAUUGACGACAGGGGUGAUAUAAAAACCGAUCACUUUCUCCCAAUCCAUAGAGAAGCUCCAACCUUUGUCGAACAAGCAACCGAACAGCAGAUCCUUGUCACUGGAAUCAAGGUUGUGGACCUACUUGCUCCUUAUCAAAGAGGUGGAAAGAUUGGACUUUUUGGUGGUGCUGGUGUUGGAAAAACAGUGCUGAUCAUGGAAUUGAUCAACAAUGUUGCCAAGGCUCACGGUGGUUUCUCUGUUUUCGCUGGCGUUGGUGAGCGUACUCGAGAGGGCAAUGAUUUGUACAGAGAAAUGAUUGAGAGUGGUGUUAUUAAGCUAGGGGACAAGCAGAGUGAAAGCAAGUGUGCUCUUGUGUAUGGUCAAAUGAAUGAACCUCCUGGUGCACGUGCUCGUGUUGGGCUUACUGGAUUGACAGUGGCUGAACACUUCCGAGAUGCUGAAGGGCAAGAUGUGCUUUUGUUCAUUGAUAACAUAUUCCGGUUCACACAGGCUAAUUCUGAGGUAUCUGCUCUGCUGGGUCGUAUCCCCUCUGCUGUGGGUUAUCAGCCAACUCUGGCAACAGACCUGGGAGCACUCCAAGAACGUAUUACAACCACCAAGAAGGGAUCAAUCACAUCUGUUCAGGCCAUAUAUGUGCCUGCUGAUGACUUGACGGAUCCAGCCCCUGCUACCACCUUUGCCCACCUAGAUGCCACAACUGUGUUGUCUCGACAGAUUUCAGAGCUUGGCAUCUAUCCAGCUGUGGAUCCUCUAGACUCUACCUCUCGCAUGCUAUCUCCUCACAUUUUAGGUGAUGAACAUUAUAAUACAGCUCGUGGCGUGCAGCAGGUUCUCCAGAAUUACAAGAAUCUGCAGGACAUAAUUGCUAUUCUGGGAAUGGAUGAGCUUAGUGAAGAGGAUAAACUUACUGUGGCUCGCGCACGAAAAGUUCAACGCUUUCUGAGCCAGCCUUUCCAUGUGGCCGAGGUUUUUACUGGUGCACCUGGAAAGUAUGUGGAGUUGAAAGAGAGUAUCAAUAGUUUUCAGGGUGUUUUGGAUGGGAAAUAUGACGACCUUCCUGAACAGUCUUUUUACAUGGUUGGUGGGAUUGAUGAAGUUCUUGCCAAGGCGGAGAAGAUUGCAAAGGAGUCUACUUGAGCUUUACCUAUCCUCUUUCUUUUAGAAUUUACUUUCAAAUGAUACUAUAAAAUAGCAAUUAGAAGUACUAGGAGAUUUUGUUUCAUCUAAUGCUUCUUACCUCAUCACACUGCUAAUCUUAGAUGAAUGGAAUGAAGUUGGGCUACCUACAAACGGUGGAUCAUACUCUUUGUUA